UAAGGAAGGAAAGGAUUGCUCGCCCGUGUGCCUCGUUGAUUAUAAUUCAAAAGUUUGUUCGUCCCCUCUCCGAAAAGUGGCAAGACGCAGUGUUCGAGAUCAAAGAUGGAUGCAUUACACUUUGUAUUAUUAAAAGGGAAAAGUGGUUGGGGGAGGGGGUGACAUGUAACCACUUUAUUAAGUAUGCUACCCUGAAAAGAGAACAGUCGCAAGACGCGUCCGGGAUAUAAAUCCAUCGGCACUCACGAUGAAUCCAUUUUCAGUGCCUCUAUAUAGAUGGCAGCUAUACCAUAUAGCUCCUUCUAUAUCUGUCUCUCACGCUGGCAGCCAAUAAUCGAUAAGUUUCUUCUCUGUGUAAUAGAAGUAAUUGUAAGAACAACCGUCUUUUUGCGAGUGUCUUUUCGCUUUGUUUUCGCUAGACGGCUUCGGAUAAUGUUCUAUACAUUUUCUUGCUCCCUCUGAUAUCAAACAAAGCGAUCACGCGGGACGAGUGUGUCUGACGAAGCAUGCGUGUUUCUGCUAUCAAAUAAUAACGCCCACCAUAUCCGAGAACCGUAUACACACAACACCAAAGCCCGUGCGGUUGAACUCAUUCUCCUUAUUGAUAACACACAAGUGACGUCAUGUAUGGCGCAGGCGCGUGACUUGAUCAUCACUCUGAUUUAUUACACCUAACAAUAACGUUAAAUUUCACUUAAAAAUAAACAAAUUCUUGUUUAAAGAAAGUAUUUCAACUGUUCAACUCCUCCCACCCGUAUUUUCCUACAUGCACAGUGCACGUUUUCUAAAAGAAAAAGUGAACCCAAACCCGUAACUAAAUCUCGUCGGGUAAUAUAUACUAGAUUUUGAGAUUAAGAUAAAGUGGGGGACCUUCAUCAUACAUACAAAGCUGUUAAGUACUAUACGGGCAUUUAAUAUAUACGGGAUAAGAUUAUAGAAGGAUGGUAGAUAUAUACAUGAAAGAUUGAUAUAUACCGGCGUGCGCGCGGGUCUAUAGUAAACACACCGCACACGCACAGUGUGUAAGUCCUGACUAUAUAGAUGACAGGACGUGCUGCACGAAGCAACAGAUGUUUACCCGUUCGUCCUUUGCAUGGGUUGGAUCCACCACCAGCCUCCUUUAAAGUGCUCCAAACCCUCUUGUGUUUCUUACAUGUACGUUCAUUGUUUUUCGUAUAGUUUGACACGUUUAUGUAGUCAAAUAGAGGAUUUGCUUUCGGUUUGUUUUGCUUUUGUGGGACAUGUUGUUUUUUUUUGUAACUAAAGGUGUGAUGCAAACUCCCGGAACCUCAUCGUUUUUGUUGUUCAUCCGGACAUCGUAUAGUAGAUGUCAUCAAGCACAUCGGGAUUUGACUUUGUAAACGCACCAUCACGUCACCUGUGCCACAUUUUCGUGAGGGAUUAAAGAGAAUUGCACUUACGCACAAAGCAGCUCUCCCGCUGUUGUUUGUGCGCUUCUCGAAGUGCUGCUUCGCUGGCCAGCCGAAAUAGCAAAAACUAUACAAUAAAAAGAGAAAAGAAAUUAUAUAAUAAUGGAGGAUGACGGCAAUGCUGGCGAUGCGUGGGUUCCACCUAACGACCGCCAAUUAGCCUUGAGAGCCAAAUUACAUUACGGAUGGUCUUCUGCUAAAUCGAAACGGAUCGAUAAUAACGCCAGCAAAUGCUGGUCACAGCCGACGGGCGCAAGCGAACCGCUGACUCGAGAGGAACAGGAAAAAGUCGUUCAAGUUAUUCGGCGAGCCGAGGAGGUUAGCGGGAACGAGCAGCUUAGAGUGAGUAAACUUGUUGAUCGAGUGCGAAACAUCCAGAAAAAUGCGGUCGGAAGCGACGGGACCAAUCAGUGCGUUCUCUGUGGUGAUUACGCGAGUGUCUUCCUCUCCUGGUCGUUGACAUCAGCGCGUCACGUCACUUGCAAAGACUGCCUCAAGUUGAAUGACGCGGUCAUCGGACUUUUGACUUUCGAAAUGUUGGAUGAAUAAUUGUGGCUCCUUGUGACCAGUUCAGACGCAUUUAGCGAUCCCUUUGAUCGGCUUGACCACAUCACCGUCCAUCAGCAUCAGUUCAAAACAUUCGCACGCGCGAUAACGCACAAAGGGCCAACGUUUUGGCCUCGAGUCCUUUCUCUUUUAGCGCAGGCCGCUUCUUCUGAAAUAGAAACAAUUUUUUUUUUUAGCCACUUAUGUGGCUCAUUCCAAUUCCAUGGCACGUCCCUUGUUUAGUUUUUUUUUUUGCCUUUUCUCUUACAUAGAGUCUGCGUCUGUGUGUGUGUGUCUAUAAUAUCACUUAAUUCUGCAAAUAGAGAGACACAAAAUGAAAGAGCGCCCCGCUGCUUGUAAGAUGAGUUUAUCGAUUUUGUUUUGUUUUUUUCAGGCUCUUCUCUUACCAUUGGUCCGCGUGAAUUAGAUUUUGUUUAGAUAAUUUGUGUGUGUGUGUGCCCUGGUAUACUUUGUAGCUUCCAUAAUGUUGACAGGGUCCUAUAGGAAGUGCAAAGCUAAAAUUAGGGGAGGUGGGUUGCUCAUUUUGAAGCCUUGAAACUUUUCUCGGUACAACUUCCAUCAAUCGAUGACUGCGCUGUAGACGUCAUAUCGUAUAGUUUUUCUUUCCGGGAAUUGACGAAAAAUGCUGGUUGUUAUUGAUCCAACUUGCCCUAUGCCGACUGUCAACCUCCGUGUGCAGUUUAAUCGUCUGAAAACAAUUGUUUUCGAACACACACACACACACAAAGAAAAGACUUUUGAUUAGCGAUCUGGCAAUGAAUUCGGCUUUGUUCUAUGUAAGUGAAGUACAUUUAUUACGCGGAGUAUAUAUAUAGCGAUAUAGAAAAGGCUCUUACGCGGCCGAUGAAUAAAACAUGAGGCAACGAUAUAGCAAACAAUUUCCUGGAUCCCCCUUUCUUUUUUUUUCUUUCUUUCUCCAUUUAUAUUCUACGAUGGUCGUUCUUAUUUUUCAAAAUAAAUGAAUACGUAAUGUCGUGUGUGACACAUUUGUACAGUCAGUGUGCCAAAAAUGCUCGGUGGAUACAUCCGUUCAUCCGCGGGAACCCACUUACCUCUGCAAGUUGUGCUCGGAACGACGCGAAACAUGGAAGAAAUCCGGCGCUUGGUUCUACAAAAUCACUUGAUCCUUUUUUUUUUUAAUCCUGUCUAUAUAGAACUUUCAUUUGUCGAUGUUAUGUCAGAAAAAAAGCCGUCGUCCAUGUCAAUGUAAUACGUGCCCUAUCACCGAAGAGCUACAAAAGCUUCUUUCUAACUGAAUUCUAUACGAGGAUUCUUAUAGACUAUGUGAAGAGGUUUAAGACAAAAACAAAAAAAUAUAUAUGUUUUUUUUUAAUCCUCUGGCUUGCGGACAGUUCAAACGGUCACACACACAAAAAUCUACGAUGUAAAAAAAAAAAUUAUGUGGUUUGCAAAAGCGGUUGGACAGCAUGAUUGCGUCAUUGUUUGCUGCUAUCUAAUUUAUCAAAGGAAAAUUUAAAAAAAAAACAAACGUAUUUUUUAAAUCUUUUUGAUUCUCCAUGUCCGGCAUAUUAUGCAGCAUCAGUGCUAUAUUUAUAUAUUCAAAAAAAAAAAGGUACAUAAUAAAAUACACGUGAAAUCAAUGUGA